GGAUUGUGGGACCUGAGCAUCUGCAGCAAUGGCGGGGCUGUUAGCUGGGUUCACUGUCUCUUUAUGUUUAUUAGGUUUUACUGUGGCUGUGUUCGAAGACCAAGUCGGGAAGUUUGACUGGAGACAGCAAUUUGUUGGCGAGGUGCGAUUUGCACUCUUUGAUACUCAUUCCCAAGCAUCCAAAAAGCUCCUGGUGGCAACCGAGAAGAACGUUUUUGCAUCCCUCAACUCCAGAACUGGAGAGCUAUUCUGGCGACAUGUGGAUAAGAUGGGACCAGAAGGACAUAUUGAUACGCUGCUGAUGUAUGGGCAAGACGCUGUUGUUGUUGUUGGGAAUGGACGCCUUCUUCGUUCCUGGGAAACCGCUUUUGGUGGCUUGAAUUGGGAGACAGUGCUCGAUACUGGAAGUUUUCAGUCAGCUGCAUUUAUUGGAUUGCAAGACCUUGUGAAGUAUGUUGCAGUGCUUAAGAAAUCUGCCAUCUCUCUUCAUUAUCUUUCCAACGGCCAUCAGAAAUGGGUGGAAAAUCUUCCAGAAAGUGACACUGUUCAAUAUCAGAUCGUUUAUUCUGGAGGCAAUGGACAGGUCUUCGUUCUAGGUGUGGUCCCCAAUUCCCAUAUUGUUAUUGUUGAAUACAACAUUGAAGAUGGAGAAAUCAUGAAAGAGAAAUCAGUUGCAGCUCCAUGGAUGUCUAGCUUAAAGUCCAGCUGUGUGGUGGUGGGUAAUGGAGUCCUUUUAUGUGUUGACCCGACCACACAGUCCAUUUACACCUUGCCAUUGCAGUCUGAGGAGCAGACAAAAAUGACUCCGAUCCUACUCCAGACUUUGAGCCUGGAGGUGGUCUCAGGGUUUCAGCCAGUUCUGAUCUCGACUCAGCCCCAUCCUGCCCGUUCUCCGCUCUCUGAAUUCUUCCUGCAGCUUGGUCCAGAUCACCACGUCUUAUUGCAGCUUAAAGAUGGCCUCAUUUCUCCUCUUCGAGACUUUAACCCAUCGUAUCUGGUCUCUUUUGCAACAACUGGGGAAAAGACAGUAGCUGCUGUUAUGUCACCAAAAAAUGAGACCGCAUGCAGUAUCAACCUGUUCAGUGCUGAUACGGGUCGGCGGCUUCUUGAUACCACCAUCAUCUAUUAUAUGGACCCUAAUGGAGGAAAGCCAACUAAGUUGUAUGUCCAUGCAUUUCUGAAGAAAGAUGAUUCAGUGGGCUACAGGGUCUUGGUACAAACUGAAGAUCUCGUCCUCAACUUCUUACAGCAGCCUGGCAGGGUUGUGUGGACUAGGGAGGAGGCUCUAGCUGAUGUAGUCACAAUGGAGAUGGUGGACUUACCGCUCACAGGAACACAAGCAGAACUGGAGGGAGAGUUUGGAAAGAAAGCUGAUGGACUGUUGCCCAUGGUUUUGAAGCGGCUCUCAUCACAACUCAUCCUCCUGCAAGCCUGGCUGAGCCAUCUGUGGAAACUCUUCUAUGAUGCUCGGAAGCCCCGCAGCAAUGUCAAGAAUGAGGUCACUAUUGAAACUUUAUCUCGGGAUGAGUUCAACCUGCAGAAGAUGAUGGUGAUGGUGACUGCCUCAGGGAAGCUCUUUGGCAUUGACAGUAAGUCUGGAACUGUCUUGUGGAAGCAGUACCUUGAGAAUGUGCAGCCUAAUUCAGUCUUUAAACUGAUGGUGCAGAGGACUACUGCUCAUUUCCCUCAUCCACCUCAGUGCACUCUUCUCAUUAAGGAUAAGGACACAGGCCUGGGAAGCCUCUACGUUUUUAAUCCCAUUUUUGGCAAGAAGAGCCAUAUCAGUGUUCCAGCUUUGCCCCGACCUGUCCUUCAGUCCCUGUUGCUGCCCCUCAUGGAUCAGGACUAUGCUAAAGUUCUUCUCCUGAUAGAUGAUCAAUACAAGGUAACAGCAUUCCCGUCCACUAAGAAUGUCCUGCAGCAGCUGCAAGAGAUGGCAUCUUCUAUUUUCUUCUACCUGGUAGACUCCAGUCAGGGUAGACUGUCUGGUUUCCGCCUACGCAAAGACCUGUCUACUGAGCUGAUCUGGGAGGUGGUCAUCCCCACUGAGGUGCAGAAGAUAGUGGGGGUAAAAGGCAAGCGCGCCAAUGAGCAUGUCCACUCCCAAGGACGUGUCAUGGGGGAUCGCAGUGUUCUUUAUAAGUACUUGAACCCCAACCUCCUUGCAGUGGUGACUGAAAGCACAGACAGCCAUCAGGAGCGCAGCUUUGUGGGGAUUUUCCUCAUUGAUGGUGUGACUGGUCGUAUUGUCCAUGAGGCAGUACAGAGGAAGGCCAGAGGUCCUGUUCACUUUGUCCACUCUGAGAACUGGGUGGUGUAUGUGUACUGGAACACGAAGUCUAGGAGGAACGAGUUCUCUGUGCUUGAGCUUUUUGAGGGAAUGGAGCUGUAUAACAGCACAGUGUUCAGCUCUCUGGAUAGACCUCACCCACCUCAGGUCCUGCAGCAGUCCUACAUAUUCCCCUCUCAUAUAAGCACCCUGGAGGCCACACUCACUGAGAAGGGCAUCACCAGCCGGCAUCUACUCGUGGGACUCCCAUCAGGAGCCAUAAUGUCUUUACCGAAGAUGUUUUUGGAUCCAAGGAGACCAGAAGUUGGUUCGGAUCAGAGCCGGGAAGAAAAUCUAAUACCAUACUCUCCUGAAAUGAUGAUUCGUACUGAGUGGUUUAUUAACUACAAUCAAACUGUGUCAAGAGUCAGGGGUAUCUAUACUGCCCCCUCUGGCCUGGAGUCCACAUGUCUGGUGGUUGCGUAUGGUCUUGAUAUCUACCAGACCAGAGUGUACCCUUCGAAACAGUUUGAUGUUCUUAAGGAUGAUUAUGAUUAUGUACUGAUCAGCAGUGUACUGCUUGGCCUGUUCUUUGCUACUAUGAUCAGCAAGCGAUUAGCAGAAGUCAAACUACUUAAUCGUGCUUGGCGAUAAAGGGCAACUCUCUGGCCUGGAACCUGCUUUCUGCCCCAUUCUGCCAUGUGAUUGCCAUGUUGAUGGCAUGGCAGGAGACCAGCCCAUGUCAGACUGCAAGAUCAUAUAAUGAGCAUUGUGGAAUUUCGGACGUAUUUGCAGCCAACUGUUGCCUGAUGGCAUUUUUUAUUUUUUUUUGGGACUGUCUAAUGUAACAGACAUGGUCUUUAAUGUUUUCUCACACCAUUUAAGCAGUUUAUUGUUAAAUUUAUUUAUUGUGGCUUUUGAGGCAAGUUAAUUUGUGAAUUUAGGCCCACUGUCUGUGUUUUAGGAAGAUUUUUUUCAAGAAGAUUCAGAUUGCCACAGAAAUUGUUUUAGGUCGAGAAAAUAUAAAAUGAAGUAAUGCAAGCAUUCAUUUACUAAAUUUGUUUUUUAAUUUUUGUUUGUAUGGAUGCUAACACUGGUCAAUGUACAUGAAAUAUACCUCUAAGUUAAUACUAAAAGCAGCUUUAAAGGUAGACUCAGAUUUUUGGUAACUCUGUAAUUUAAUCAAAAAGCCACAUUUUUGUGAUGCUUCGUGAAUCUUAUUUUGCACUAUUCACCUGCUGACACUGAGUCUGUCUUUAAACUAAUUUAAUGGACAGGUACUGUACAGUUUUACACCCAGAAUAGAAAGUGAUAGCUUGGAUGUACAAACACGGAGAAAUUGCCUGACUUUUUGUACAAAAAGGUUAAAAGAUUAGUUGAUUUGGGAUUAGUAAUCAAUAAAGUCAAAAUGUUUAGAUGAA